UGUGUUGCCCACCUCAAGCCCGCCUUCCUCUCUUCCCUUCCUCGAUUGUGUCUCUCUCUCUGUUCCUGCCCACAGGGGAGGGCUGUGGGUGGGCACUAUUGUGUCCCCCCCACUCUGCCGCCACUCCCCAGUUAUUGCUCAGCGGAGGACCAGAGCAUCCACAGGCGUGAGGAAUCAGAUAGAAGACAGCAGGCUGACUGAGCUGCUUUGCUGUGUCGUGUGCCCAUCCGCUGUUCCUCAGCUCAACUGGGGCCUGGGUCACAGGAUUCCUCUCAACAACUGUCCCAACGAGAAGAGAAACCCCCUUUCUUCUCCCCCUUCCCUGCUCCCUCCCUCUCUCUGUGUCCUGGUACCCGAGCUCUGCUUCUUCUUUUUCAUCAUCAUCUCUUUCCCCCAUGUAUGACGAUUCUUAUCUCCAUGGAUUCGAAGACUCUGAGGUGGGCUCAGCUGAUUCCUACACCAGCCGCCCAUCGUUGGACUCCGACGUGUCGCUAGAGGAGGAUCGCGAGGGCGGGAAGCGGGAAGUGGAGAAUCAGGCUCAGCAGCAGCUUGAGAAGGCCAAGCACAAGCCAGUCGCCUUUGCUGUCCGUACAAAUGUCAGCUACUGUGGUGCAUUGGAUGAGGAAUGCCCCGUACAGGGCUCUGCCAUCAACUUUGAAGCCAAAGACUUCUUGCACAUCAAAGAGAAGUACAGCAAUGACUGGUGGAUCGGGCGGCUAGUGAAGGAGGGGGGAGACAUCGCCUUCAUCCCCAGCCCUCAGCGGCUGGAGGCCAUAAGGCUGAAGCAGGAGCAGAAAGCCAGGCAGUCUGGCAAUCCCGCCAUCAGCAACCGGCGAUCGCCUCCCCCAUCACUAGCAAAACAGAAGCAAAAGCAGACUGAGCACAUCCCCCCAUAUGAUGUCGUGCCCUCCAUGCGGCCAGUUGUGCUGGUGGGACCCUCCCUAAAAGGUUAUGAGGUGACAGACAUGAUGCAGAAAGCUCUCUUUGAUUUCCUGAAGCACAGAUUUGAUGGCCGAAUCUCCAUCACCCGCGUCACUGCAGACCUGUCAUUGGCCAAGCGCUCCGUGCUCAACAACCCGGGCAAGCGUGCCAUCAUUGAGCGAUCCACAACCCGGUCCAGCAUUGCUGAGGUCCAGAGUGAGAUCGAGCGGAUAUUUGAACUGGCCAAGUCACUGCAGCUAGUAGUGCUGGAUGCAGACACUAUCAACCACCCCGCACAGCUGGCCAAAACCUCGCUGGCCCCCAUCAUUGUCUACGUCAAGGUCUCCUCCCCAAAGGUGCUGCAGCGACUGAUCAAGUCCAGAGGGAAAUCACAGGUGAAGCAUCUCAAUGUGCAGAUGAUGGCUGCUGACAAGCUUGUGCAGUGUCCUCCCGAACUCUUUGAUGUGAUCCUGGAUGAGAACCAGCUGGAAGAUGCCUGUGAACACCUGUCCGAGUACCUGGAGGUAUACUGGCGGGCAACCCACCACCCUGCACACACUCUCGGUGGCCAGAACAUCAUAGCACCUUCUACUGCCAUCCCAGGACUGCAGAACCAGGCCCCACAGGGCGAGCCGAGCACUGAGCGUUCCCCAGUGGAGCACGACAGCCUGAUGCAGUCGGACGAAACAAGUGAUGCCUCCCGUAAGGCUUGGACAGCCUCGUCUCAGCGUGGCUCCCGGCACCUGGAGGAUGAGUAUUCGGACGCCUACACCGACCUGUACCAGCCUCACCGCAACCACAGCAGCGGCCUCCACAGCACCAACGGCCAUGACUCCCAGGACCGCCUCCUGGAGCGCGAGUCCGAGCACAACCACAAUGAGAGGAACUGGCAGCGCAACCGGCCCUGGGCCAAGGACAGCUACUGAAACCCCCCCUGACUGGACACCCCCUGCCCAUGGGCCCGGCAGCUGGGGAGGUGGAAGAAGGAUGCUGCCGCCUCUGCCCCGCCACCACCGUUGCCCCCAGACUGAGUCAAUUGCCUGCUCCCAAGCCCUCCUCUCUUUUCCUACCCAGCUGAGACCCACAGAAUACAGGUGCUAUCUUUGGAAUCCCUCUGAACUCAGCCACAGCUGCCUGAUUCCUACAUGCAGGUUGGGGGAAUUCUCUCAUUCACCUUGGUUAGGGGUCAAUGAUGAGGGCCCCGGUAAAUAUCCUUGCAGGGUAAAUUCCAUUGGUAGCUUUUGCAUCCCAGUUCCAUUUUCCAGGCAGCAAAGUGUGGGGAGGAGUUGGGCUCACUGGAUCUCUUGGAGAGAGACAACGUGGCUCAGAUAAAGGAACUAGGAAGAUGUGGCUUUCUUGUUCUUCUGGCUCUGUGGAGAAGAGGGCUGCAUUCUUAGAGCAAAGGAGGAUGGGUGCGCAAGAGCACCUUGCUCUCUAGUCCUUGUGCAAUGUUUCUCAGCAGGGUCCCUCCUGGAUGUAGGGAACUACAAAGCCAAUCAUUCCCCCCAGUCAGAAUGGCUACAGUUGUUGGACAUUAAAAGUAGUUAUGGUCUACCAUAGGAGUCAGUGUGGUGCAAAGAUUUGAGUCUUGGACUAGACUUCUGGGAGACCAGGGUUCAAAUCUUCACCUGAUGACCUUGGGGAAGUUGCACUUUCUCAUCCUCAGAGGAAGGUGAAAGCAUACUCUGAACAAACCUUGCCAAGAAAACCUCAUGAUAGCCUUAGGGUUGCCAUACAUUGGGAAACACACAACCACAAAUGGUCUAGCACACUUCAAGGGUACCAUGCUGUGAAAGGCUUGCCUGGUGGGUUAAGUACAAUGCUAUGAGCAAAAGAAACAGAAAGUUGGUUUCUGCCCUGCCUUAGGAUUUGAUGUUAAUCCUUGUUUUGCAAUCAGUAGUCCCAUGAUUGAGGAAGGCACAAGAAAGUCAGUUCAAACAGUUGAAGCGGGUAGAAGGCCCUGAGUGUGAGCUCUGAUACUGGUGAUCCUUUUUUGCACACGCUUUGGUGCCUCACAGACCAUAAGCAGCAGAUGAGUGAGAACUAUCCUGGCCUGUACUACUUCAGGUGGUAUGGACUGGGAACUAUCACACAGCAAUGCUCUUAAAUUCCUGUAUGCAGAAAGGAAUCAUAAGGACAAAGACUAGGCAUUUGUUUCAACUUUUAGUUUUUGGUACACUUUUUGUCUCUCUACAAAUACAAAAAAGGAGCAGGAGACAUUCUGUGAUUAUCUUUCCUGUAGUAUUUAUUGAUAUAGUCCACCUUUAUAUAUUGCAUUAAUGGAGACAUAAGAUAGGAUCCAAAAGGACGAUAGCAAAUUAUGUGAAGCUCACCCCACAGGGUGAUCUUGAGCAAGUUACACACUCUCAGCAACAGAGGAAUGCAAAGGCAAGCUCCCAUCUGAACCAAUCUUGCCAAGAAAUCCUAUUUGCCAUAAGUUGGAAACAAUUUGAAGGUACACAAUGGAUCUCUGCAUUUUAACUUAAUUAUUUGCAGCCGCAGCCAAGAAGAGAGAGCUGUGUCACCUUUGCUUCACAUUGCUCCAGCAAAUACUAAAACACAAUUUUGCAAUGUGUCAAAACAUGCUUUUGAGUAAAAUCAAACCAAAGUUUUUUUUCCUGCCUCAACCCCAAGUGAAGUGAGAGCCCUUCAUUUGAUUCUUUGGAAGGUGGGGGUGCUGAAUAGGCUCACACAAAAGCAUAUCAGACAGCACCCCAAGUUGUUAUUUUUUAGCAUUGGUCCAAUAAAAAUAUGUUUGGGAGGUUGUCGCUUUGGGCAGGAGAGCUCCAGGAGGGAAGUGGUGCUUCUUAGUUUCUAGUCUGGAUCCACUUUAAACACGUCUCUGGCAGCUGAUUUUUCUCUGAUAGAAAUCUACAGGUGUAAAAGGUGGGGUAGUGAAGAGGGGAAAACAGCAGCCUGUGCACUCAAAAUGGCUGUUUCCGGGCUGGAGAGAGUAACUUUGACUUGGCUUCUGACAUGGUUGAAAGAAUGAGUGAGUUGUCAUUUCCUUGGCAUGGCAGUCUAGAGGCUCAGCCUGGAUUUGACCUUUCUGUUUUCCUUUCCUUCUCAUGUGGAUUCUGUUCCUUGUCUGUGCACAGCAACACCAACUCUGUGGAGGAGCUGGUGGAGGAAAAGACAUUGUAAAGCCACAAUGUGUGUGUUUUUUAAAAAUCCCACCCUGCCCGCAUUUCUCUGCCAACUGCAUGAGGCCUUGAUCUUCCAUAGUCAGUCUCGGGGUGGGGCGGAGAGGGAGAGGUGCUGGGUGAGUGAUCUCCCACCUUCAUUUCUUUUGGGUCCUGUCCAGAGGAAAGAAGAGCUGGGCCAGAGCCCACCCCACUGCCUGCUUCCUAAUGCACAGCCCCUCCAACCCCUGAUGCCUUUCUGUCCUGCCCACCCUAACACCUCCAGGCAUUUCACUGGCAGCGGACGGCAGCCCCUUGCCCCUAAAUAGCACGUACACCUAUCUGAAAUCAGCCUGUAUAUACUGCGCACUGUCAUCGGGAAUCAUUUGAGUGUCAAUCACGUGCCCUACACUGCCAAGAGCUGAGGGAGAAGCUGCUUCUUGCUUCUCAGCUUCGGUGGUUUUGGGCCCAGGGAGAUCUGGGUUCUGUCCCUGUGGCUGCCGUUCCGUUGGCCACUGUGGCAACCGCUUUGUUACGAUUAUUUUUUCUUUUGUAGAGGGCACUUCUUUCCCCAACAACUUGUAAGCAGUUUGAAACAACAAGCAUUUGCUGUUUAUAGAA